AUGGCACUGAAGAGCUGCAUCACAGUUUUGGCGAUUUCGGGCUUGGUAACCGCGAACAGCAGCGUUGUCUCGCUAUUUAUCCCCGGCGCCGACCCACAACCGCUGGCAGCUUCAAUCGUGAAAGAAGGCGCUGGUACCACGACCUACAGCAUUAAUUGCCCACCCGGUACCGAUGGCUCAGACUGUGGAAUGGGACCAGGAAUGUGGUACACCUCAGCCUCAAAAUCCAUUGAAUGGUCAAUGAGCGAGCCUGCAGUAGGAUUGUACCUCAUAAUGACUGAUAGCUGGGGUGGCGUGGUCUGUUCUGUGGGCGGCACUACAACUGCUGUUUGCACCGAGAUUAUGAGCGGCACCGGGGCCAACUUCCCUGGUACAUCGACAAUCGAUGUACCCCAAAGCGAAUUGACAUACUUGCCCGUGACAGUCACUGCUGGCCCUGCUAGUGCAACCUCCGCCUCCACCACCACAGAAUCCACCGGUUCAGCCCUUACAUCCAGCAAUACGCAUAGUUCUGCAAACACUGCCUCGCCUACCUCAAAGGCAUCAUCUACUACCGUCGCUUCUCAUACUAGCACCGCCGGCCUUUCUCGGGUUACUGGUAAUCCUGGUGUUGCCUUGGGGGGCGCUGCAGCUGCAUUCAUUGCGGCCGCC